UUCUGGCAGUCAGCCAGUCUCCCCUCCUUCAGUGGAUUGCCACUUGUAAAACAGAAGCUAGCAGAGGUAGCGGGGCCAUUUCUGGUUCUUUCUGAGCUCCAAAUUCGAGUUAUCCUUUUCUCAAGACCAUAAUACUCAUUCAUCAUGGCCUCAACGUCUAAACAGCCCCCAAAGGGUAUUCUGAAGAAGCCCAAGUCUAUCAAAGAACGAAAUGCCGACCCCAGAGAAAUCGCCAUAGAGCAUGCCAAGAUCAUCCAACAUCGUAAAGACCUUGAAGCAGAAAUCCUCGACAGCUUGGUCCUCCUCUCCGAAUACCCUCUCGUCCGCGAACAACCUUACAACGCCUCCAACCCUUCUCCAUCUGAUAUCGCCGACUUCAAGGCUCAUGUGCGACUCUUCCAACCUUCCGACUACGACGACCUCGUGAUCGAGCGCAAUGUGAACGAGCUUUGUGGUUACACCCUCUGCUCGCGACCACGAAGGAAUACGGGCCCUGGCGGUCAAUGGAAGAUUUCCAACGGGAAUAUCAUGAAGCGCGAGGACCUAGAAAAAUGGUGCUCCAACCAGUGCGCCCGCCGCGCUCUUUAUGUCAAGGUGCAGCUUAACGAGACAGCUGCCUGGGAGCGGGCAGGUAUCCCAGAUAUUGAGAUCGAUUUACUCGACGAGGACAAAUCGAAGGAAACAGAAGUCGACCGAGCUGCCCGAGAGCUGGGUCAGCUUAAGCUCGAGGAGCAAAGGCAAGCAGCUCGAGAUGAAGCCGCUCUUGCUCUUGAACGAGGCGAACCAGAUGCAUCACAAAGCAAGAGCAAGAAGAUGAAUAUCACACUGAAGGAAAAUGAUCCUAAAGCGCCAUCCGCUUCAUCUGACAAACCAGAAGUCUACGAUGAACAUUUACUCGUUGAGGGCUACAGAACAAAACUCAACCUGGAGGAUAAGACGAAAGAUUGAUGAAAUCAGGUUUUAGGUGUUCGUAGCAUUUAUUCGUAAGAUAGGCGUUGGCGAUUCGUGUAUCAUAGGCAGGGCCAUAAUAAGGAUAGUAAGAUACCCCAUCAUGACACUACUCAACACUCGUCGCAUCGAUGUAGACAAUAACAUCACAGUCCCUCGGCUCAGUUCCUGGAACGUGCGAACUGGCCUUGGGACAAGGUCAUAUUCACAGAAGUGAGGAGAGUAAUUGGCGAUCAAGCGUCAUCUCUGGAGACAUCCAGAGAAUCGGCGACACCUUGGGGGUCGAAAGAUCUUUCUUUGAGACCUAUGCACUCACUGUCCUAGGACGCCAAGUAGUAAAACCCUGUAAAUGCCAGACACCCAUCAUAAUAAUCCCAAAUACCAAUUUUUUAGUCGCGGCGAGGGCGGUCGCCGUAUCGUCGUCCACCACGCUCGGGAACCUGCUGCUGAGUGACGGGGAUGACGUUGACGGGG